AACAAAAUUUUGGUCGAUCGUCAAAUGUAAGCUGAGCGCUAUGUCGUACAGGAAGGACUGAGACUACUUUAAUGGCAUCAAAAUUUCCUGCCCAACCAUCCCUCACUUUCGUCGAAGCAGCUCUCCAAGUUUGAAACUUGACCACUUCUCCCGAGCCAUCUCCUCACAAAGUCGCUUAAACACCAUUACCCACAACAAAACAGAGCACAAAAAUCAAUCAAUCAAUCAAUCACGUCUGCCUCUGCAACUACUCUCCCCACCAUUACAAUUCCCCUCUUUUCCUCCAAACCCCACCCAACAAAACUCCAGGCAAAACGCAAAUGCGCAGUCAUGUCUGUCUCUGCAACCACUCUCCCCACCAUCACAAUUCCCCCCUUUUCCUCCAAGCCCCACCCAACAAAACUCCAGGCAAAACCCAAAUGCGCAGUCCUAAACCCAAAGAAUCGCCCCAGAUGCGCUGUCCAAAGCCCAAAUGCACCACAGCCCUAUCAAGCCCUGUCCAUGGAGAAAGCAGAUGCAUUAAUGAGGCCAAUCCAGGGAACAGGCCCCCAUUCCCCUGUAAGCAGAACGGGCAAGAUAACAGUAGUGGGCGUGGGCAACGUGGGCAUGGCGAUCGCGCAAACGAUUCUGACCCAAGACCUCACAGACGAUCUCGCCCUCCUCGACAUCCAGCCCGACAAGCUGCGCGGGGAAAUGCUGGACCUGCAACACGCAGCUGCCUUUCUACCGCGCACCAAAAUCACAGCCGACACGGACUACGCCGUCACAGCGGGCUCAGAUCUCUGUGUCAUAACUGCCGGCGCCCGGCAACGCCAGGGGGAGUCCCGCCUCGAUCUACUGCACCGCAAUUUAGCCCUCUUUAAAUCGAUUGUUCCGCAGCUGGUUAAGCACAGCCCGGAGGCGCUUCUCAUGGUGGUUUCGAACCCAGUUGAUGUUCUGAGCUACAUUACAUGGAAGCUUUCCGGGCUUCCGCCCAACAGAGUGGUGGGCAGCGGCACAAAUCUGGAUUCUUCCCGCCUGCGCUUCAGCAUUGCAGAGCAGCUCAAUGUUAAUGCUCAGGAUGUUCAGGCGCUCAUUGUGGGUGAGCAUGGGGACAGCUCUGUGGCACUCUGGUCCACCGCCGCCAUUGGAGGUGUUCCCCUGCUUUCGUUUCUGGAGACGCAGCAGAGGCCUUUUCCGUUGGAUGUUCUUCACCAGGGGGUUAUUAAUGGCGCUUAUGAGGUGAUUAAAUUGAAGGGGUAUACUUCUUGGGCUGUGGGUUACUCUGCUGCUAGUUUGGCCAGAAGCGUGCUGCGGAACCAGAGGAGGAUUCAUCCUGUUUCUGUGUUGGCUAAGGGGUUUCAUGGUAUUGAGGAUGAGGUUUUUCUUAGCUUGCCUGCUCUGCUUGGGAGAGGAGGGGUUUUGGGUGUUGCUGAAAUUCCCCUGACGUCCCAUGAGAAUGAGCGGCUCCUGCACUCUGCCAAUACAAUUCUUCAAGUGCAGAGGGAGCUUGCCAUCUGAGAUUUUCUGGCGGCUUUUUUGGGUCAUCGCUCUGUUUCCUGUUAGUGACGUUUUUGAAGUUUUGUAGCAGAGAUUAUGGUUUAAGGAGUUGGGAUUUGAAUGAGGAAUAGAAUUUCAUUUUUAUUGUGAAGAUCGAUGAGUUCUUUUCUCUGUUUUUUAGUUUUUUGGUUUGACGAGAAAAAUCUGUUGGUAUUUGACGAGGUGGCGCGCAGGAAAUGAGCUACUUUGACCGUAAAGCGUUCCUCUGUGACCUGUCCCAUAUGCUUCCUUUGACUUCGUGGACGUUAAAGUUUUAUUUUAUUCUUGGUCUGUCUUUAUAUCGCCAUCAGAUCUUUUCUGGCAUCUAUUGAGUAAUAUUUCUA